UCAGUCCAUACCUUAGCUAACCUAACCGACCGACCUACAUUUAAGAACUAUUUACCUUCCCAUCGCUAUUUUCCCCUUAGGUAGCUUCUGCUUCGCGCGUGGCCUGCCUUAUAUUCACCCCACCACAGGCAGUCUAUUGGCUUACCAUUCAUUUUGUCCGUUCCCCUUCCUGACCGAAAGCACACGUACAACUUGCUGCAACAUGCGCUCGUUCGCGCCCUGGCUUGUGAGCCUCCUCGGAGCAUCGGCGGUGGUUGUGGCAGCCGAUACCGAGUCGGAUGUUAUUUCGCUAAGUAAGGAUACAUUCGAAGAUUUCAUGAAGGAGCAUGAUCUUGUCCUGGCGGAAUUCUUUGCUCCUUGGUGCGGUCAUUGUAAGGCUCUUGCGCCUAAGUAUGAGGAAGCAGCCAAAGAGCUGAAGACGAAGAAUAUUCCCUUAGUCAAGGUUGACUGUACUGCUGAAGAGGAUCUAUGCCGGGAUCAUGGCGUGGAAGGCUACCCUACCCUUAAGAUUUUCCGUGGCGUUGAUUCUAGCAAGCCUUACCAGGGAGCUCGUCAGACAGAAUCUAUCGUAUCCUACAUGACCAAGCAGUCUCUCCCUGCGGUAUCUUCUGUGAACGAGGAGAACCUGGAGGAGAUCAAGGCUAUGGACAAGAUUGUUGUCAUUGGUUAUAUCCCGACUGAGGACGAGGAAACCUAUCAAGCAUUCGAACAUUAUGCUGAAUCCCAGAGAGACAAUUACCUGUUUGCCGCGACAAAUGAUCCGGCCAUUGCCAAGGCUGAGGGUGUUGAUCAGCCGUCCCUCGUGCUUUACAAGGACUUCGAUGAAAAGAAGGCUGUUUACAAGGGAGAAAUCGAGCAGGAGGCUAUCCAUAACUGGGUCAAGUCCGCUAGCACUCCCCUUGUUGGCGAGAUCGGCCCCGAGACCUAUUCCGGCUAUAUCGGGGCUGGAAUCCCUCUAGCAUACAUCUUUGCCGAGACUCAGGAGGAGCGCGAAAAAUACACCGAAGUCUUCAAGCCCAUUGCACAGAAGCACAAGGGUGCUAUGAACAUUGCUACUAUUGACGCCAAAAUGUUUGGUGCCCACGCCGGAAAUCUCAAUCUCGACCCCCAGACAUUCCCGGCAUUCGCUAUCCAGGAUCCUGCGAAGAAUGCCAAAUACCCCUAUGAUCAAUCAAAGGAAUUGAAUGCCGACGAAGUGGACAUGUUCAUCCAAGAUGUCAUCGAUGGGAAGGUUGACCCUAGCAUCAAGUCGGAGCCGGUCCCCGAAACCCAGGAGGGUCCCGUCACAGUUGUUGUAGCCCACUCUUACAAAGAACUUGUCAUUGAUAACGAAAAGGAUGUCUUGGUCGAAUUUUACGCACCGUGGUGCGGGCACUGCAAAGCUCUCGCUCCCAAGUACGACGAACUCGCAGGUCUCUAUGUUGAUCAUCCCGACUUCGCGGCCAAGGUCACCAUCGCCAAGAUCGACGCCACGGCCAAUGAUGUUCCGGAUCCAAUUACUGGCUUCCCUACUAUCAGACUUUACCCGGCUGGCGCCAAGGACUCUCCCAUUGAAUAUUCUGGCUCACGCACUGUGGAAGAUCUUGCAAAUUUCGUGAAAGAGAAUGGCAAACAUAAUAUCGAUGCGUUCGAUGCCAGUCCCCAGGAGGCCCAGGAAAGCGGUGAUGUUACCGAUGCUUCUCCCUCUGCAACUCAGGCCGAAACUCCGGCUGCCACGGAGGACGAGACGGCGGGGCAUGAUGAAUUGUAAAGGGGCCAUUCAGAUCUAUUUCCACUUACUGUGCUGUAUCCUACCACUAAUUACCUAAAUAUUGAAUCUCACUAUUAAUCUG